AUGAGCGAUCGCCCUCCCGGAUCCAGCCGGGGCACCCCAAGUGGUUCCCAGGCCGGCUCCAAAUCUGGUUCUAGAGCCGGCUCGUCAGCUGCAUCAUCCAAGGGAUCCCCAAAGCCCGGAUCCCCCAAGCCCGGAUCCCCAGGCAAAAGCUCCGGCAAGGCCGCCGGAACUGGACUAGACCCUGCGCUUGAGCGCAAACCACUGACCGAUACCCAGCUUCUGGGUAAACGCUUUGACUUACCUCCCGAUGCCUAUAUUGACGGCAAGGGAAAAACUCACUGGGCGGCCCGUCCUGGUUUCUGCACGAUGGGAAAGCCUAUCAAGAUGGGUCUGAACAUAUUCCCUGUCAUUACCUUCGGAGACAUGGACAUCUACCAGUACGAUGUUAUCGUGUCCCCAAACUUGAAGAAUUCUCACUCUCUAGUGAAGAAGGUCUGGAACGCCCAAACGGUAACAGACGCUCUCCAGAAGCAAGGUGGCAGGUGGCUAUAUGACGGCAGCAAGCUAGCCUGGUCUUCAGAGAGGAUUGCAGGUGGCGAAACACGCAUAAUCGUGGACCUUGAUGCUCUCAAGAAGAAGGCCGAGGCUGAACACGAUAUGGUCAAGAAGAAGGUGGAGAAGAACUCAGUCUACAAGCUUACCAUUCGGCAAACCAAGGCAAUUCGUCUAUCCUAUCUCAAGAACUACCUAUCGGGCACGACCCCCUGGGACACGCACGUUCUUGAAUGCAUGAACUUCUUCGACCAUUGUCUACGUCAAUGGCCAUCUCAGCGAUGGAUGCUUAUCAAGCGCAACUUUUUCGACCCGAACUCCGACUUUAGCAUGCUUGCAAAUGACGUGCUUGCCGCUCAGGGAAUUUAUUGCGCACCGCGCCUUAGCGAGUCAUUCAAUCGAGGUGGCUCGGGUCUUGCUGUCAAUGUUGAUAGAUGCCAGACAGCAUUCUGGCCAGCAGGUACACUGAUUGAAACAGCUUGCAACAUCGUCAGCAGCCAGAGAGACGACUGGAACGGACGAAGCGAGCACCAGAUUGAGGCCCUUCUGCGCCCAAGGAGCGAGAAGGAUAAAAAUGGAAUCUGGCGCAUUUUACCUUCGGAGGCCUUCAUGUUCCUACGACGAAUGAUCAAGUUGAAGUUCACGGUCAAUCACCGAGGCAAGUUUGGAGAGCCUCGUGAGUACACGAUAAAGCGCGUCAUGUUUGACCCGAAGUACGGAACUACUGGUGCGAACGCGAAUCAAGUCACUUUCAUGAAGAAGGGUGACGAUGGCACGGAGAAAGAGAUUACAAUCGUAGAUCACUACAAAGAACGAUGGGGGUUCCGCCUAGAAUGGCCGCGUUUUCCUAUCAUCGAGACUCCUCAAGGACACAAAUUCCCAAUGGAAUUGUGCAACCUCGUGUUUCACCAGCGGUACAAUUUCAAGCUAAACCCGACACAAACUGCCGACAUGAUAAAGAGAGCGGCUACUCGACCGAACAAGCGGCGCGAGGACAUCAUGGAGGGUAUCAAAGGAAUCAGGUGGCCUGAGGAUCAGAAUCUGAAGGCCUUCGGACUCAAGAUCGAUCCCAAUAUGGUAUCUACUGAUGCUAGGCUUCUUCAGAACCCCGAAGUUAAAUUUGCGAACAAGAAGAUUAACCCGGGCACCACUGGACGGUGGGAUCUCCGAUCAAAGAUGUUCUUAGAGCCUAAUGCUCAGCCGUUGAAGUCGUGGAGUUUCAUCUGCUGUGGAGAUGAUACUCACUCUCCACGAAAGAACGAGCUGGAGGCAUUUGCCACCAGUUUCUCCCAGACCUACCGAAACCACGGUGGCAGGGUGGAGAAAGCCGCAUUCUGCUCGACGAUUCCGUGGGGUGAUGGCAACAUGGGAGCAAUUUGCGAGAAAGCUUGGAACCAGACAGGUAAUUAUUUCAAAGCGACACCACAAAUCAUAUUCUUCGUGCUGCCAACGAAGAAUCAGCUGCAAUAUGAGCGCUUGAAGAAGAACAUGGAAUGUCGCUUUUGCAUUGUGACGCAAUGCCUUCAGGCAGGUCAUGUCAAAAAGAACAAUGCGCAGUACAUGAGCAAUGUCGCAAUGAAGGUGAACAGCAAGCUCGGCGGAGUCACCUGCAAAGUUCCCGGACCUCAAGACAAGGUUCCUCCAUUCUGGAAUGUACCCACCAUGAUGGUGGGCGUCGAUGUCUCACAUGCUGCUGCAGGUAGUCAACAGCCGUCUAUGGCUGCCUUGACUAUGUCCAUGGAUAAACAUGCAACUCGUUUUGCAGCGGCCUGUCAGACGAAUGGCUGGCGUCAGGAAACGGUGCUGCCUGGAACAAUGAAUAAUAUGAUGCCCAAGCUUUUGAAUCACUGGGUAUCUAUCAACGGCCGGCGCCUAGAUCACGUCUAUUAUCUCCGUGAUGGAGUCUCCGAGGGCCAAUUCCAAGAUGUCAUAGACAGUGAAGUAAAGGAGAUGAAACGCAUCAUCAAAGAUUUAGGAUAUGGCACUCCCAAGUUCACGGUCAUUAUCGCAACGAAGCGCCAUCAUGUUCGAUUCUUCCCCAAGGCAGGGGACAAUACAGCACAAGAUCGCAACGGCAACCCGCUGCCGGGUACCUUAGUUGAGCGAGAUGUAACACACCCCCAGCAUUGGGAUUGGUACCUCUGCUCGCACGUGGCAAUCCAGGGCACUGCUCGUCCAGUCCACUACCAGGUCAUUCUGGACGAGGCUGGUGUCAAGCCAAAUGAUCUAAUGAAAAUGAUCUAUCAACAGUGCUACCAGUACUGCCGCUCUACCACACCGGUGUCUUUGCAUCCAGCGGUAUACUAUGCGCAUCUGGCAUCGAAUCGUGGUCGUGCUCAUGAGGCUUUAGUGUCCGAGAACCUAAUCCUGGGCUACGGCAAGCCAGGGUUUCCUUAUAGCCAGGACAACUCUGACAUCUAUAGGCCAAGCGCAGCACAAGGUCAAUGUCCGCCGCUUCUUCCAAUGGAAAACCACACUGCCAGUCGGGAUAUGGUUCGAUUCCUGAAUACCACCAUGUGGUAUGUCUAAACUCUCAUCAAUAAUACCUCUCAAGGUUUACAGCAGCCCAUCAAUGGCAACAUCGAGGUAUCUGGAUUUCUCACGGUUUCGGCUCUCUGGUAAACGGUACACGGUUUCGCGACCUUGCGGUCUCAU